AAUUAACCACUAUGCUAUUCUAUUUUACCGCUGUGAAAUCUCCAAGAAUUAUUUUGAUGGGGGGUGGCUAUGGAGCCAGAUCUAGCCUCACCUACCACGGGUGCUAUCCUCCGUUGCACUUGGAUCGACAUCUAUAAAGCCUGGGUAAUGCCACCAUUGCGCCAUCUAAGAGCUUCACUGUAGUCCUUGCGGAAUAACCCAGUACCCAAUCGUACCGAAAAGACCGACAACAUGAAGUCCACUCUCCUAUACCUGCUGGCUCCUCUAGCAGCCUUAGCUGCUCCCACCGAGCUUGCCGAGCGACAGGCAACCGACAGCAUCGACGCGCUGAUCAAAGCCAAGGGAAAGCUAUACUACGGAACCUGCGCCGACCAGAACCGUCUAUCGACCGGCAAGUCCGCUGAUAUCAUCAAGGCGGACUUCGGCCAGGUGACCCCUGAGAACAGCAUGAAGUGGGAUGCUACCGAGUCCUCCGAGGGCCGGUUCAACUUCGCCGGAGCCGACUACCUCGUCGACUGGGCUACUACCAACAACAAGACCAUCCGCGGCCACACCCUCUGCUGGCACUCGCAGCUGCCCGGCUGGGUUCAAAACAUCAGGGACAAGACGAAGCUCACCCAGGUCCUCGAGAACCACGUUACGACUCUGGUGACGCGGUACAAGGGCAAGAUCUACGCCUGGGACGUCGUGAACGAAAUCUUCAACGAGGACGGUUCCCUGCGCCAGUCGGUCUUCUCUAAUGUCCUGGGCGAGGACUUCGUUCGCAUUGCUUUCGAAGCUGCCCGCAAAGCUGAUCCCGAUGCGAAGUUAUACAUCAACGACUACAACCUCGACCAGCCGAACUAUGCCAAGCUCACCACGGGUAUGGUCGCCCACGUCAAGAAGUGGAUCGCUGCCGGUGUUCCCAUCGACGGCAUUGGAUCUCAAGCCCACUUGACCGCCGGUCUCGCCAGCCAAGCCGCCGCCUCCAUCAAGGCUCUCGCCGCCAGCGGUGUUAAGGAGGUUGCAUUCACCGAAGUCGACAUCCAGACCGCUCCCGCUAACGACUACGCCGCCGUAACCAAGGCCUGCCUGGACGAGCCCAAGUGUGUCGGUAUUACCGUCUGGGGUGUCCGAGACCCGGACUCUUGGAGAGCCAGCACCAACCCCCUGCUGUUCGACGGCAGCUUCAACCCCAAGCCCGCGUAUAACGCCGUCGUCAGCGCCCUGAAAUAAGCUGAUAACUGUUUUUAGACUGGCCAAGCUUGGUAAAAAAAGAAUAGUUAUACAUAUAGGAAAGGUUCGGGGAUCAGCGAAACUACCUCAUGAU